UUGAUUUUCAGUAUGCAGCAAGCGAUUCCAUACAAAUCAUGGCCUCUGCCAUGCAUGGACACGGCUUCUCGAUGCGCCGCCUCAACGGCAACCGGUCACAGCGACAAUGACGACAACAACAACAACCUCGCGGCACGACCGAGCAGCAAAGAAAUGCUCGACAUCGUAUCGGAGAACGCGGUGAUCGUGUUCUCGAGGAAGGGUUGUUGCAUGAGCCAUGUGGUGAGGCGUUUGCUGCUGGCGUUAGGAGUAAACCCUGCGGUUUUCGAGAUUGACGAGACGGAUGAGUCCGGCGUUGUGAAUGAACUGGGGAUGGUUUUUGAUCAAGGGAAGCAUGGGAAGGAGGGUCAAACGGUGCAGUUUCCGGCCGUGUUCAUCGGCGGGAGAUUGUUUGGGGGAUUGGAUAGAGUUAUGGCUACUCAUAUUAGUGGAGAGUUGGUUCCUGUGUUGAAAGAUGCUGGGGCUUUGUGGCUUUAAUUCCAUUCAUCACAUUAUCUUCUUCCUUGAUUUGUUGAAUUCAAACGAGACUGAGACGUUAAUCCUGUAA